ACAGGAAGCAGCAUUCUUUGGGUAGACUAUGAACACGGAAUCAAUCGCAAGUGGCUCUCACUGCGGGCUUUUUCGGGUGCAAGAUGGCGGUGCGCAUCAGAUCUUAUUGGAGAUGCAUGUUUGCUUGCAGACCUAUCAGAUUGACGUCGGAUGGGGCUUCUCCGAGAUUAAUAUAUCGGAGACUGGGGAGCCUUGAGGCCUAAUCUGACGUGGUCUCUAGAACGAUGCUUGUUCGGUGUAGAUGUUGUAGUGAUGAACACCAUAUGGAGUUUGUUUGAACUCAGGUUACUGAAAUGCUUCUGAUGCUUUGGACAGAUUAUAAACCCGAACCACAGGGUAUGCCUGAGUACCCUUUGAUUGGCAAUGCCAACCAGCUUCAGAAUCCUGACAGGUUGGGAAUGACAAGGCUGAAUGCCAGGAUGCUAGCUUUGUAUCGCUUGGCUGGUUUCUCUGGCUCACGCAAGAAUCAUGAACUCAGCAGCAACACUCCGAGGAUAAUCUGGAGGUCUAUCCCGCUGCGUCCUCUCCACAAUGAGGCGCUGCGGAAGAACAAAAAAGACAGAGCUGAGAUGACCAGGGUGGGCGAGGCGACUCUGUGUUGGCUCCGACAGCUGUACAGACACAAACCCAAGCGACACCCCACAUCAACGAUAAGACCUUCCUUUUGCGGUGAAUAUGACCGCAUGAUCUCUGGCUCUCGCCCGAGAAUCCCAGCUCCUCUGGCUGUCCACGAGACCCUGCCUCCGUACGGCUUUAUAUCCUUGUCGGUCCGGGACAGGGCUUCCAUGCACGACAUUCGGUUAAAUCCUCAGGGGCGGCUGUCAGUCAUGGCCAUCAGUCAUGAUUUGUGACCCAGCAUAAGCACAUGCAUGUUAAAGCCCACGUUGGCCGAGUCAGCACGGUUAUUGAACGAUAAACCCCGGUAUCAUGG